CCUCUUGUCCACCUCUGUCGGCAAUACCCAACGGUAACAUAAAUGGCGGAAAACAACGUACACACGGCUCUCACGCUAUAUUUUCUUGCAAUGCUGGUUAUCAACAGAUUGGCUCAUCCCUUGCACUGUGUAAUGAUGGAACAUGGUCAGAAAAACUGCCAAAAUGUUUAGGUUUGUUUGUUAAUUAAAACAUUGGAUAGAUGUGCAUGUUCAAGGUUUGUUAAGAUAUGACGGUCUGGAAACUAAGCAGAAGUCAUUAUAUUAUGUUUGUGUUUGAGUUUAUUUUGAUAUGGUGAUUGCAUGAGCUCAUUGUAUUUUCAUAUAAUUAAAGUGCCUAUGACACGAAAUUUCACCCCAAAGGUUUAUGGUUGCAUUGUAAAGAUCAUUUAAAAUGACUUAAUAAUUUCUUUUAUAGAAUUUUGGUAACUUGCUCCCUUUUCAAGAUAUUCAACUUUGUUUCAUAUGCAAAUAUCACCGGUGUGACAUCACAUCACAUAAUGAGUUUUCAGAAACGUAUUGCUUUCUUGACGAAUACGUAUCUAAAAAACUUAAAAAUUGCCCUUGUAUAUGUAUUAAUUUCAUAACUGGUAAUUAACCCUCUGUAUUUGCUUGUAAAAAUAUUUUAUCAAGGUAAAAUAUUGCGUUUUCAAAAUGUCAUUAUGCGAUGUGAUGUCAUACCGGUGAUAUUUGCAUAUGAAACAAAGUUGAAUAUCUUGCAAAGGAAGCAAGUUACCAAAAUUCUAUAAAAGAACUUAUUAAGUUAUUUUAAAUUAUCUUUACAAUGCAAUCAUAAACAUUUGGGGUGAAAUUUCAUGUCAUAGGCACUUUAAGCAACCGUCCAGUAGGUAUAGCUGAGAUGAAACGUGUAACCACGAUGAAUAAUAUUUUACGAAGUUGAGACAAAGGAUUUGUGAACGGUGAGAUACAGUUCAACAUCAAACAAAAGUAUUCCAGUUUGGAGCUUUGAAGUUUGCCGGGCUUCUAGCCCAUCAUAACUUUGACAUACUGUGGUUAGAAGUCCAUGGAAGCGAUCACUCGAGUUUCAUACACACUAUCCAUAGCUGGAAUAAUUAUAAACGAACCAAAGUCACUUAAGUUUAAAAUUAAAGAUGAUAAAGUUACGAAAGAUCAAAAUUCAAUGACAAUGGCGUGUAAGUAAAACAUUGACUACCGGAACACCACCGGAACAACGGAACACCAACGGGACAGCUAAACAAAAUCCAAAAUGGGGCAAAUUAUGAAGAGCCGUAAUAUAGUAAGGUUUUUGUUUAUAAUAGCACGUAAAAUGUAAAAAUUAACUUUGCUUCCGGCAAUAUCAAUGUUUCUCCGUGCAGUGGGACACGUAUUUUAAGAACAAUUUCCAUAAGAUGUAACAUUUAAGUUGUGAUGAAUCUAUUUCAUCUUCGUUCAAGCGACGAUAAUUACCAUACCUUUCGCUUUCGUCCGAAGAAAUAACGAGAAAGGGGUUUCUCCUGUAAUAGGGAUGUACAUAUAUAAAUUAUUCAUAAUUUCAAAUGGAUUCAUGUCUGGAUUCAAUAACGUACUUUGUGCCCUCCGCCAUGUUGCCAAAAAUUGUGCUCUGGUAUUCCGGUGGUAUUCCGUUGUUCCGGUGGUAUUCCGGUAGUCGGUGUGUUUUACUACAUGCUGUUGACAAUUACGGUGUUCCGGUAGUCAGUGUGUUUUACUACAUGCUGUUGACAAUUAUCAGAUAAUGCGGGGGUAUCCAUAGCUGCAAUAAUUAUAUACGAACCAAAGUCACUUAAAAUUAAAGAUGAUAAAGUUACAUGAUCAAAAUUCAUUACAUAUAUAAAAUUUGUUCUCUUGUAUACAUUUAGAUAUAAGUUCGGUUAUUUUUUAAAAUGUUUAAAAUGCAAACUUUCUCAAUUGCUGAGGUUUGUAUGUAGAUAUACUUAUUUUUCACCGUCCAUUGCAGCUACCCGUCGCGAUUUAAUGGGUGACUUUUGGGUAAGUCACCUAUACCUAACAUCAACAUGUUCUCUGCAUGAUAAGUUUUUCGAAAGAAUUGGUUUUUAUGAUUCGUUCUUUCAAAAGGUGAUUUCCAUAGUUUGUUGUCCUCUAUUCUAUACUCUCUCUCGUGUUCAAUCUAGUUUUGCGAUAAAGCGAAUGUCGUUUGCUAUGGGACUUCAGAUAUACAGGUUGCCACUAUAUUUUAAUGAGUUUCAGUUUUAGAACAGGUUUUGUCCAGUUGUAAUAAUGCUGUAACAACAUUGUUGACAACUUGUUCUUAGGGUGCAGCACAACCUUGUUCAAGCCUGUCAAUAUCAACCUGGAAAAGGGUUAACGCGUGUUAUAUUAUAUUGUUACACUGUAGUCCAAGUUUUAGGGUAGGUCAUGCAGUGAAUUCAAUUCUAUUUUUGAUGUCUUUUAACCGUAUUUUUUUCAACUUUUUAGCCAUUUGCAGGCCAAUACCCUCCAUUAAAAACGGGAAGGUAAUUGGCAAAGGUAGAUUGCAUAUUGAAGGAGAUAAAAUAAGUUUUACUUGUAACCCGAACUACAUGCUUGAAGGCGAAGAAGCGAUCAGAUGUACAAGUACUGGACAAUGGAAUGCCUCGGAGCCAGUAUGUAAACUUCAAGGUAACCGAUUUGCCUGUAUCAGUAUAAAAAUUAUAUGAAUGUAUAAUAUAAUACAUGUUUUGCUUUGAAGAAAACAUUACUUAUAUUGCAAAGCUAAUUCGUUCUGUAAAAAUGGUUCUUCUAUUAUUGGUGACUACUAUUUUUAGAGUGGGAAGAGCACGUCGAUGAAUUUUUGAUCGACUAUAUUACUAUCACACAAUAGGACUUUAGGUCCUCCUUAAAGCCCAAAGGCCUUUAUAUAAGCCUUGUGUAUUUCGAAGACACAAUUUCUUGCGAAGAAUUUCGCCAUUAGUGGGAUCAGGAUUAGCGCUAAUCCUCGGCUAAACUUUAACUUUUUGUUUUAGUUUAUGUAUUUCUGGACGUACGUUUAUUUUAAAAUCUCUCGGAGAAGAAAACUCUUAUUGAUCCGGACAAGAUUCACGAAGAAAUGUUUCCAAAUUUAUAAACAAAUGUUGGGAAUUUUGCUUUGAGCAAAAAGUAUACAGUUGGCAUUUGGUCCCACUUUAGAUCAUCUUUAAAGUGGCUAUGCGAUAAUUUUUUAAUGACUGAAUUGCAAAGUUCAUUUAAAAUAAUAAUGUAACUUGUUUUCUAAAACCCUGUAUGUCAAGAUUUACGACUUUGUUUGAUAUACAAAUGUGACUUAAAUGACGCCACACUGCAUAAUGAGUUUUUAGAAGGAAAACGUUUCCUUGCCAAACAUGUAAUAAUUCCACUGACAUUGAAAGUGAUAUACUUUAAGAGCUAUCAAAGCGAUCAUUUAGUCUGUAAAUUUGAGAUAAUGAGAAUUUUAACAAGCUACAACACAGUCUUCUGUAACUAACGCAUUAUGCAGUGUGACGUAAUUUAAGUCACAUUUGUAUAUCAAACAAAGUCGAAAAUCUUGACAUACAGGAAAGAGUACAAAGUUUUAGAAAACAAGUUACAUUAUGAUGUUAAAUGAACUUUGCAAUUCAAUCAUAAAAAAAUUGUCGCAUAGCCACUUUAAGCCUGAAAAUCGUCGAUGGUUGAGCAGAGCAUAGAGCGAACUCGCUAUAGCCGAUCACAAACGUCUAAUCAACUAAAUCACCCUCGUUGCGAAAAAUAUGUGAACCGUUGUACAUUGGGAAUUCAACGCAAUGAUUCUUCUUCUUUUCAGUUCAAAUUCCGUUAAACCACAAUUUCAACAACGCCUGCCACACCUCAGGCCACAGUAUAAUUCUCGUUUCACGGACAAAUGCCUGCAUGAAAAGCUUUGUGAUAUGGACACAAUGUAUAUAAAACAUACUGAAAAUAUCCGAAAAGCAAACUAAGUCUGUGAAUUCAUGCAGACCUUGUGUAUAUAAUAAAACAGUUAUUCCACUCACUCUCGUCGAAUAUGAUAUAGGCGAUCAGGUCAUAUUCGACUCGAGUUCGUAGAAUAACUGUUAAAUAAUCAGGCUUACAUGUAUGUCAAUAAAUAUUUUUUUUCAGAAAUUUUGAAAAAUACCAUGCAUUGGAUCGCGCUCUCCGGCAGUCGUACAACAGACCACUUUUUUAUAUAGUGCCCUAUUAAAAUUGUAAUGAUAUUCUGAGUAAGAAUAUACUUUAUUAUAGAGCGACAAUAUAAUAUGCCGCUGAUUUUGUUUAUUUUCCAUGCAGUUCAAACUCCGUCAACUACAAUUUCAACAACGUCCACCACAGCCCAGGCCACAACACAAGGUAAACUUACUAUAUUUUGUAAUUAUAAAUUUUGUAAUUAUAUUAAAUAUCAAGGCAUGCUAUCAAAUAAUUAAGAAUGUAAAUUUGCACGCAUGGUAAAAUGGCAUUACCGAUCACGUUUCGCAUGAGAUAAAACAGCCAUUUCGUUUUUCACAUGCAAGUAAAAAAUUAGCCCAUUUCACAAAAAUUAAAAAUAUCCUUUUGAAUGUACUACAUAUUCUCUUCUGAAUCUUUUAUUUAAGUCUUUCCAACUCUUUGCCCUAUUUUUAUAGUUUCAAAGCUGAUUUUACCAAGAAAAUUUUAGCAAUAUUUUAAUACACAUGCUAACCGAUCCAUCUUUUAAUAAUCAAGAAAACAUACAGUAGAAAUUUUGUAACUUAAUUUAAUUCUCAUGCACUACUUGUUCAAUCUUUCUUCUACUGGCCUCAAAUUAUGCGGUGGAAAGCGCUCUUCUUACGAAAGACCACUUCUUCUAUACAAAAAUAUUGCCUUAUUAAAACUGUAAAGAUAUUCUGAGUAAGGAUAUACUUUAUAAGAGCGACUAUAUAAUAUGCCGUCGAUUUAUUUGUAUUUUUCAGUUCAAAUUCCAUCAACUACAAUUUCUACAACUUCUGCCACAACCAAGACAACAACACAAGGUAAACAUACUAUAUUUAUAAGUAAUCAUGCGAUGGCGAAUAUAAUAAUCAAGGAUUAAUAGUACGAGUGACGUUUGUCUAUAUAUUAAUUAAAAGUAAUUUAUUAGGUGCGGCAGCAUUUGAAGAAUAAGGAAUUUAGAAGUUAUUCCAGUUAAGCCAAUCAGCCUAAACCAAAUUAGCUUGCAUAUGUGAACACGGUUUUAAAGUCAUUGUUCUUGGAAUCAUGGCCUUUUUAACUAUAUAAAUGGCGGUAAAGCAUCCCCCAGCCCCAAUGGUGACCCCUACUCAGCCAUAUUCAAAGUGUUUUAUCUCUAAAAUAUAGGCAAACAUUGGACAAGAAAUGGAAUUUAUAGAAGGGAUGGUUGAUAUUUUAGGGAAUGUUAUGUCAUGUGUUUUGUAUUCAAAUGAUUCAUUGUCUUUUUUAAGAAAUGCUAAUAAAACAUUGUGUUGUAAAUACCCAUUUUAAAAAUUUACCAGUGUGUUGAAAAUACCAAUUUCAAAAUUUCCUAGUCCCUAUAGAUUCGAGUUGUUGGAGGGAACACUCUAUAUUACCGAUGUAUCUUUUAAAAAUCAAGAAAACACAUACAGUGAAAAUUUUGUGUUAGAAACAUGGCGCUCCUUAACUUUCUCAAUACUUCAUGUUCAAUCUUUCUUCUACUGGCCUCAAAAAAAUUUUGCGAUGGAUUCAAAGCGCUCCUCUUACAACAGACCACUUCUUCUGUACAAAAAUAUUGCCUUAUUAAAACUGUAAGGAUAUUUUGAGUAAGGACGUACUUUAUUAGAGCGACUAUAUAAUAUGCCGUCGAUUUAUUUGUAUUUUUCAGUUCAAAUUCCGUCUACUACAAUUUCUACAACUUCUGCCGAGAUAGCAACACAAGGUAAACAUACUAUAUUUAUAAGUAAUAAUGAGAUGGCGAAAACAAUCAUCGAGGAACAACAAAAUUUUGCCAAUAUUGCGAGAGCCGCUCGGGCGAUUUGCAUGCAAUUUGGAAAAAAAUUGAACAUCACUAGUAUUAUUAUUUCUAUGAAAAGUACGAAUUUUACUCACAAUGCCUGCCAAAAUACCCAAAAUCAUUAUUUCAGCUGGAUGUUACUCACUGUGAUCAUUUCCAAAUAUCUGUAUUAGAAUUGUGUUUUAUAAAGCUACUGAAAUUUAAAAAGAAAAGUAAAAAAAUUACACUAGCUCCUGUUGAGGAGCCAUUUUGAAUAUUUUUGCUCAGAUUUAUUCCGAAGUCCCACUCCUGAUUUAUUAAUUGUACUGCAGUACAAUAGAUAAAAUUAAUGGUACUCUUUUCAGCAGGGUCUUCGUUAUACAUAAAGGCCGGGUGGGGGAAAUGCUGCCUAGUCCCUCUUUGAGCCCCUUGAUGUAUGUAGAGACGAUAAUCAAAUAACUCAUGCGGAUUGCGAGAAAUACAAUGGACAACUUGCAUGUUAGACUAAAUUUUAAUCUAACUAGGGAGAAUGGAAUCAAACACAACAGUUAAAAAGAACAUAAUGAAAUUAGUAAAAUGGCAAAAUUUGGUUGCGAAAUAUUGUAAAAGACAGAAAAUAUGGCCUUGCGAAGUUUGCAUAUUUUCAGUAUAUUUGUAUUACGCGCGGAAAUUGUUACCAUUUUCGGCUGAAAAAUGGUAACAAUUUCCGCACGUAAUACAAACAUACUGAAAAUAUGCAAACUUUGCAAGGCUAUAUUUUCUGUAUUUUAUACGACAUUUCGUAACCAAAUUUUGCAAUUUUACUAAUUUUAAUAAGUUCUUUACGGGAAUUUACUUUUUUUUGCCUAAAUCAAAAAUUAGUCUAACAUGCAUGCAAGUUGUCUAUUACCUGAAAACUAUAUAUACAUGCAGAACUUCGCAGUUAGUUCUGUGUUCUCAAGCCCACUGACUCCCACAGGCACAGCUAUAUCUUCUAUUUUUCUCUUCCCACCCCAAUCACACCAAAAGGUCGUUUCCCUUCACUCAGUUCCUUCGUCCUCGCCGCAUUUGCAAUGAAAAUGAGGAUUACCAAACCUAGACGAGAGAGAUUCCUUUAACAAAGUGCCUCCAACGCGAAAAUCCUUAAAGGAUGCGUUCCAGUCACGCGUUUUUAUACGCACUGAAAAGUUUAAAUCUUUUUCAAUUUAACACUAGUAUGAAUUACCUGUACAAAUGCACAUUAUAAAUCAUUCACAAAACUAGAUGCUUUCUUUUUCUUCAUUCAGUUAUUUCAUAAGUAACAUUUAAAGAUAUUGUUUUUUAUGUUACUCUGAGUGUAUAUCCACACCGGGUAGGCUGAAAAGUUAGCUUGACCACGCGGUGGGAAUCGAACUCAGAGUAACAUCAGAGUAACAUCAGAGUAACAUCAGAGUAACAUCAGAGUAACAUCAGAGUAGCAUCAGGGUAACAUCAGAGUAACAUCAGAGUAACAUCAGAGUAACAUCAGAGUAACAUCAGGGUAACAUCAGAGUAACAUCAAAAACAUUAUAUUCACCUGAGUACACAUCUGACAUCAAACAUUAUGUUCACCUGAGAACACACCUGAGUAACAUCAAAAACAUUAUAUUCACCUGAGUACACAUAACAUCAAAAUGACAUGCACACAAAAAAAUAUUUAAAGAUAUUUCAACUUUUCCGUGCGUACAUACGCACGUAUGAAAAACGCGUGACUGGAAAGCAGCCUUAAAAAAGACCCUGCUUCUCAGUUAAUCAAAACUUGGUAAAUGUGUAAAUGAUAAAAGUUUAUAAUUAAAUAGAACAGCGCAAAUGUAGGCAAAUUCACUGGAGAUUCUUUUCGAAAUCCCUACUAUGGAAAUAUAUAGUAUGGAUCUUUGCUGGAAAUAGUAGGGAAAUCCAAUUUUCAUACCAUAAUUGCGAUUUUCGUACUAUGGAUAUAGUAUGGAAAUAAUAUGGAUAUACUAUGUAUAUUUAGUGAUGCAGUUGCGAACUCCAUGAAGUAUGGAUUUCAUUAUUUUUUCUCAGUGAUGCCUAAAUGUUUGAAAUGCAUGAAGGUAUAUUCGUUUCCCACAGAGCUGAAUAGAACAAUUUUGCCUCUUCAAAAAUGAAGAUUACUGGCCCAAAAGAAUUAAAUGACUGCCGCGGUCAUAAUUUUUUCUAUAAUUGCUGUUUUCCACUUUCUAUUUUAAAUCAUCCUAUCGCACUCACGGCUAAAACAUUUACACUAUAUAUGCCCAGGCCUACUUUUCAGCUGAACACCAUAUUUCUACGUAAAGAACUGUGUUAAUUAAUAACGACCAAGCUUUACGAAAAAAUAAAUCUCCCGUAUCGAAUCCAUAAUAUUUCUAUCUUUAAUAUUAUUGAUCUCAUAUGCGCCGCUUAAUUAAGGGCGGCGCGCUUAAGCGAGCAAAUACGGUAUCGUUCUAUAUAUAUACUUUCUUACUUAGCUCAACCAAAGAAUUGUCCAGACAUCCCAAAAAUUAGGAAAGCAGUUGUGAAUGGAUCAGGCGUGAUCCCCGGUUCCAAGAGAACGUUUUCAUGUUAUAACCACUGGGAAUUAUCUGGAUCCAGUGAGACAACGUGUUUAAACAAUGGUCAAUGGAGUAAACCUCUGCCAACAUGUAAAUUGACAG